AACAUGGAUUUAAAUAACAUAUGUAAAUUUAAUAUUAUUGAUAUUGCAAACGCAAAUAAUAAUAAACAAUAUAUAGCUGAAAUUCCAAAAGUAGAUUUGAGUUCGAAGUCUCAAAGUCCAUUUGUUUACAGUGACACUUAUGCAUCAACAUUUAACGAUUUGAACAUAUUGGGUACGGAAAGUAGAAAUAAUUAUUUGUUAGAAUUGGAUCCAAAAUAUAAAGGGAAUACACUUGUCAAGGAUAUCAAUUUGUAUUGUCAUCUUUGUAAAUCUGCAAUAAAGAAUGACCUGCAAUUUCAUUUGACAUCUAAUCUCCAUACUCAAAAUAUAAAAGAUAUUUUAGAAGACCCACUUUAUAAAACUUUACAUUCAUUCAGCAAUAAUUGGGAAAAAUAAAAAAAGAAUUUUUGACCUUG